AUGCUUCUCCUCAGCCACUCGCCGCCGGCUCCCGCCGCCGCGGUAACCGUUCCCCGUCGUAUCCUCCUUACUCCCCACAGGCGCCUCAAGGCUACGUCCACCCCACCGCGUCUCGCCUGCCUCCGCCUUCGCCCCGCCACCCCGCCCCGCGGCAUUCCGUCGAGGACCGGGUGCAGCGCGGCCGCUGCCGGUGCCGAUGCAGCGCCCUCCCAGGCUCCAGGAGCCGAUGGAGGUGUGCGGGGCGCGCUGGUGCGCGUUGGGGAGGCUCUGUCGCUGGGGUUCCCGGUGUGGGUGGCGUCGGCCUGCGCGCUCGCGCUGUGGCGGCCGCCGGCCUUCCUCUGGGUCGGGCCCACCGCGCAGAUGCUCGGCCUCUCUUUCACAAUGCUCGGAAUGGGAAUGACAUUGACUUUGGAUGACCUCAAAACCGCAUUAUUGAUGCCGAGGGAGUUAGCUGCUGGAUUUAUACUGCAAUACACGGUGAUGCCACUGUCAGGAUUUUUUGUGAGCAAGCUGUUGAAAUUGCCAUCCCAUUAUGCUGCUGGACUAAUUUUAGUGGCCUGUUGCCCUGGAGGCACAGCGAGCAACAUUGUGACCUAUUUAGCAAGGGCAAAUGUUGCUCUUUCAGUCCUGAUGACAGCAGCAAGCACUUUCGCUGCAGUGUUCAUGACCCCUCUACUGACAUCCAAACUUGCUGGGCAAUAUGUUGCAGUAGAUCCAAUGGGACUGUUUGUGUCCACAUCUCAGGUUGUCCUCGCACCUGUCCUUUUGGGUGCUCUACUUAAUCAGUACUGCAAUGGUCUGGUUCAAUUAGUGUCCCCGUUGAUGCCCUUCAUUGCUGUAGCAACAGUAGCCGUUCUCUGUGGCAAUGCUAUUGCACAGAAUGCUUCAGCAAUCCUAGCAUCUGGGUCGCAAGUGGUUUUAUCUGUUGGUUGCUUGCAUGCAUCUGGCUUUUUCUUCGGCUAUGUUCUUUCAAGAAUACUAGGCAUUGAUAUCUCUUCCGCAAGAACAGUCUCUAUUGAGGUUGGCAUGCAGAACUCAGUGCUGGGCGUUGUCCUUGCAACCAAGCAUUUCGGCAACCCUCUCACGGCUGUUCCAUGUGCUGUUUCGAGCAUCUGUCACUCGGUCUACGGUAGCAUUUUGGCUGGGAUCUGGAGGUCUAUGCCCACUAAGGACAAGGGAGAAUGA